AUGGCAGAGAAGUUCUCCAUGCUAAUCGUUGUGGUUGACCUUGAUUGCCACAAGUGCUACAACAAGAUCCGCAAGAUUCUGUGCGAGCUCCAAUACCAUGAGAGGAUCCAGACGAUCUCCUUCGACGACAAGAGCAAGACGAUCACCAUCGAGGGGCCGUUCGAACCGCUCCGGCUCGCCUGCAAGCUCCGCUGCAAGGGCGGCAAGGUGGUCAGGGACGUCCACAUCGUCGACACCAAUCCUCCACCGCCACCGCCUCCGCCGCCGCCGCCGCCGCCGCCGCCGCCACCGCCAUCGCCACCGCCACCGCCACCGCCACCGCCUCCGCCGCCGCCGCCACCGCCACCGCCACCGCCACCGCCGCCGAAAGUGGUGAUCCCGUCGUGUCCCGCGCCGCCGGUGGGGCCGUGCGGGUGCCAGUGCUGCGCGCCCUGCUAUCAGGGCUACUAUGAGAGCUGCAGGUGCUGCUGCUGCGGCAGGGUGUACGGCCUUACCGUUCGGCCGUUGCCCGCGCCGUGCGGCUACAGGGGCUGCCGGACGUUCUGCGACGACGACCCGUCGGCGGCUUGUAGCAUCAUGUGA